UGCGUAUAUCCUGGGUACGAGAUUGUCAAAAUGAAAGCUAUUAUUCUUUUGAACCCAGUCGCUCUAAAAGUCAUAUUAUGGACCAUAAAUUGUAUAUUGUCUUGUCAAGUAGCCUAUGCAACGAAUACAUAUAUAUUAGGAACUUGUAAGCAAUGUGUAUUUUUCGGUAAUAUUGACGAUUUUCAAAGAACUUUCACCGGCGGUUCAACGGCUUGGUGCAUGUUUAUCGUGUCGAGUUGUUUCGUGUCAUUUGCUACUGGUAUUGUUGCUUUAUUAGGAGUAUAUCAGAAAUACAGAAAUGUAAAUACUAGAUUUAAAUUAAGCAACUGCCGAGUUCUUUUCAUAUUGAAAGUCUCAUUGUUGUGGACAAUGUCAGCUGCAAUGGUUGCUACUAUGGGAUAUGUGGUUUGGUGCAAGUCAUUUAAAGUCAAUAGCUGUGCUUUCAAUAUCUACAUGGAUUGGUUUGCAUUUACUCCAAAGCACUCUGACUGUUUUCAUGCAAGAUACUACCAACUCCAAAUAAUUGCUGUCUUAUGGGGAAGUUUUCUUUGGCAAAGUUAUGAUUACUACAAGUCUAUGAAGUAAAAAUAAGAGUGUACAUACUCUUAGAACGUUGGUGUCAUGUACUACAAGUUUACUUUGUCAAGUCUGACUUGUCAAAGAACAAAAAAAUAUUUAUGCAAUAAUAACAUGCAGAUAAAAUAGAAGAGGCUAAUACUCAAGACAUGCUAAAAAAUAUGUUAUAGAUUGACUUAUAUAUUUGCUUAUCUAAUAAAAAGGCUAUGUCUUUUUCUUGAGAAAUGCUAUCAAUGUUUACAUUUUAUAUAACAAUAAAGGUGUGACACUC